UCAUAGUUCGCUUGAUUUAGAUGCGUUGAGUGGUUCGCGCCCUCCCGCCGGCAGCGGAGUGCGGGUCAGCGGCGGAGCGGAGCGGAAUGGAGGCUACCUCAGUUCGCGCAGGUGACCAGAUAAUUUCCACAUAUCUGCGUGUAAUCAACAAAGAAUUAACGGAACACUAUCAAAACAACCACGAGCAUUGCAAACAACGAGACCUACACCAGCACUAUGGCUCUCCAGCGGUUGCUCGUGUUUCUGAAAUGUUUCCUGGCUCUGAUAAUCGUCGUGCACAGUUGGGGAAUGAUGGGCCCCUACGAAACCAUCUACAUAAACAAGCUCGAGUGCUGUCCGGUAGAGGGCGACACCAGCGAUAUGUUAACAUUGGACCUCAAGAUGAAGGGCUCUGCCGCCGGCCGGGUGGCCACGGGCUUCUGGAAUGCCCCGCACUCUGUGGGGGAAGGCGUUCUGGGAAGUGUUGUGGUGUUUCAAUGGCUCAAUGGCUGGCGCAAAACGUUCACGUACGAAAUCAGGAAUGACGUAUGCGAAGAUGGAAUGAAAACAGCACCGGAUUUAAUGGCAAUAAUCGCCAACGCAAGUGGUGUGCCUUCAAAGUGUCCAUUACCCAAGGUGUGUAGUGCAUAG